AUGGAUGUUUCUUCCACUUCCGAUGAUGAAAUAACCCUCUUGCGCACUUGGGCCCUGACUGUCACUCAUGUGGCAUGUGAUUAUACGGAACAGAAAUUCAAUGCAGAGAAGACAGGAGGAGACCCAGUUAUACCUUCUCCAAACCUAGACACUGAUCUGGUGAUGGCUUGUGAUCAAUUGGUUGAUCGGCUCAUAAAGGCAUAUAAAAAUCCCAUUCAGAUGCCGAUUGAUAUUGCAAGAUAUAGCAAAUUGAUCUCCCCAAAGGACACGGGGCGUAAUGAAGAGAGAGAGGAAAAGUUGCUCGAGAGGUGUCCUCCUGGCCAUGAGGGCACAAAGUUGAUCGACAUACCCGCGACAAUUCUUGAUGCAUCCGGUGCCAUCAUCGCAUGGUACCUCCCAGACGCCUUGACCAAUGCCACCCAGAAUGAAAUUUGGGCGGCCUCAGAUUUGCUAGCUCCCAUGCUCGAACAAAGCAUAAAGCUCGAUGGGAUUUGGCGGACUAAUCAACAGUGGUUCACACCAAGCUCAGAAAAUGAUGUCCUAACUCUCGGAUGCGUUAAUUUAUCUCCGGCAUGGUUUCAGCAGGGGCACGAGAAUCAGUCCGAUCCGGAGGUAUCUGCAUCAUUGAAGGGACCAUCCUCCGAGAACAUCCUCAAAGCCUUUGCGAGGCCAGCAGCCAUUGCCACAGCGGCACUCAGGGUGAUGCAUCCUGAGCAGUACUGGGCAGGGUUGCAAGCCUUUGCGAGCCUCGGAGAAAAGGCAUGA